UGGUAGCAUGGCAGACUCAGAUGAACCCCAACCGCCAACCGACUCGUCCCAAAAUGGCCUCACUUCCCUCGAUAAUUACCCCGUGCCACUGUCCCCUCCACUCCCCGCAAUCUCCAAGCAAAUCGAGCUAAGCCGAGCCAUGACCGCAUCUUCGAAAUCGAGCCUCUUCUCUCUCUCAACGUGCCACGUCAUCUACGAAGACCAAUGGCUCAUCGCAAUCAACAAGCCCCAAGGAAUCUACUGCGAAACCAUCCUCUCUUCCGUUCCAACCCUUCUCAAACCACAUCAAGGUGUCCACGUCAGCGUGCCUGAGCUGCACCUUGCUAACCGUCUCGACCGCGACACAAGCGGCGUGACGAUUAUUACGAAGUCCCACAAAGUGGCAUCGAAGUUCGUGAAGGCAUUCACCGACCACGAGGUUCGUAAAACCUACAUCGCUCUCUGCAGUGGCGUGGCCCCGAAGUGGAACAGGAUUACCGUUAGGUCCGGGCACGGGAGGUCCAAGUUUGGCGCGUGGCGCGUUUACGCUGCCUCCGAUGUCGGGCGGAAGCUACCAGGCGGUUCGGUAGUCCGUGGCAUGGAGACUUCGUUCGAGGUUUUAUCGGUAAACGGAAGCGGAACGUUCAGAGACGAGUCGGAAAUUAACGACGGUGGUGAUGUGGUGGUUGUUGAGGAGAGAGCUGUGAGAGAAGGUAGUGGUGGCGAUGCAGAGAGUGAGAUAAUAGUGAGGGCGUAUCCUACGAGUGGAAGAACGCAUCAGAUUCGGUUGCAUUGUCAGUACCUUGGGAUUUCGAUUGUAGGGGACGUGAAGUAUGAAGGGGUCUGUGAAUGGAAAGAGGUGGCGCGUGAGGGCCACGCGCUUCAUGCCGAGAGCUUAUCGUUCAAGCACCCCGUUACUGGCGAUCGCAUUUCACUACACGCGCCGCUUCCAUCUUGGGCCAAUAAGGCCUUGCAGUUGCAGCACUGAGGAAAUUGUGUGUGUUUUGCAAAAGAGACCUUUAAUUUAAAGGAAUCAUUGUCAUGUCCUUGUUGCGAUGAAGAUCAGGGUCGUUAUCUUUUGAAACCUGCUUCAGUGCUCUCUCCAAACUGUCAAAUACUAACGGAGUAACAGUACAUUCAGAGUUUGGUUGCUCCUCGGCCACAUGCAGUGGACGCCUGAGAAAUUUGCUAAUUUGGAGGUUCUUGCUAUUUCUCAUGUCAACAAGUUUGCUUGAGCUUUUGAGAGUUCCAUUAUACUAAAUCUUAGCUCUGUUUCUUCAAAGAAUAUCAUUAUGUUUGAUAUCAUUCUUGGCUUUGUUUGGAAAGAUUUUUUUUUUUAAAUCUUUAGUGUAUCAAACUUUAUAUAGUGGGUAAUCAAAAUAGUUUCUCAAAAAGCAAUGUAUACAAAUAUGUGAUUUAUAUUGGAGUAUUUUGAGACUCAAGUCUUAACCAUUUGUGAUGUUCCUGGUGGUGUAAAAGAAGAAAAUAUUGAUCUGGCAUUAUUGUUCAGAAAGAAUAAUAGAUUAAUAGUACACAUGCACCUUGGUAAUUCUUUCGAUCAA